ACUAGAGAAACGAAUGGAUUUAUAGAAAAUUAGAUAUAAAAAAGAAGAGAGAGAUCGUAAACCCAUGAAAGAAAAAUAUUUACAAUAAAAACCCUAACUCUGCCUUGUUCGAUCACAAUCUGCACAAAAAACCCCCCAGAAAAUCACAGCCUCCAAUCAGCCACCGUCGGCCACUCGAUUUCAGCUCCACGCCGCCGCGUCUCCACCACAUUCAUAGGUGGACCGCAAAGGGAAUUCGGGGUAUUGUAGAGAAGUUGAUGCCGCUGAAUCAAGUUGUUUCAAACCGAAGGCUUCCUGAAGACUUAAUUUUGGCACGGAGUUCACGCUUUUUAGACAUCUUGAUUGAAGGGUACAACCACUAUUAUGGCCACACCUUUUUUUGCAGGGCUUGCUGUAGCUGCUGCUGCCUAUGCUGGCAGAUAUAGUAUUCAGGCUUGGCAAGCGUUCAAGGCGAGACCACCUAGGAUGCGUAAAUUUUAUGAAGGUGGUUUCCACGCUGCCAUGACUAGGAGGGAAGCAGCUCUCAUACUUGGUGUUAGAGAACACACUCCCACGGAUAAGGUUAAAGAAGCACAUAGGAGGGUGAUGAUUGCGAAUCAUCCAGAUGCGGGUGGCAGCCAUUACCUGGCAUCCAAAAUCAAUGAAGCAAAGGAUGUGUUGCUUGGAAAGACAAAGGGUGGUGGUUCAGCAUUUUGAUGAUAAUUAGUCUCAUAAUAUAGUUUCAACGUGGUUCUUGCUGAUCAUUCAACUAUGAACCCUUCAGUCUGCGGCCAAUUCUUUUAUAGACUAUAGUGAGAAAGUUGUGUAGGACAGUGCUAUGAUGCACCAAAAUUAUUUAAAGGUAUAGAUCUUAGCAUUAGUGUUCUUCAUUAUAUCUCUUUUAUUGCAUCUACACCAUGGGAAUAUCUUUGUCCAUCAUGUAACCUGGUACAUGUUCAUGUUCGAAUUGUAAUAAUGUUGAAUAUUAGAUUGGUUGGGGUCAUUAAUCUUUAAAUGAUUCGGAUUUGUCAUCCUCAUAAA